AUGGAUCCAACGCCAUCUCCCUGUGAAGUGCCACCACCUUUUCCAUCGAGAUUAGUGAAAAGGGAUAAACAAGCUGAGGAAAAGGAAAUACUAGACGUAUUUCAGAAGGUGGAAAUCAACAUACCUCUCAUUGAGAUUAUCCAAAAGGUUCCAAGAUAUGCCCAAUUUCUAAAGGAUCCUUGUACGACAAAGAUUAAGCUUAUUGGGGUUGAGAAAGAUACAAAGAUCUCAAUUCAGCUUGCCGACAGAUCAGUGAUCUAUCCGGAAGGACUCUUAGAGAGUGUAUUAGUGGAGGUAAAUGACUUAAUAUUUCCCGCUGAUUUUUAUAUAAUUGACAUGGAGAAUGACCGUACAAGCACAUCCUUUGAUAUCCUGUUGGGGCAUCCUUUCCUAAGUACUGCACACACGAAUAUUGACGUAAUAAGCGGAAUUUUAACCAUCGAAUUUGAUGGUGAUAUCGUUAAGUUUGACGUGGAGCAAGAAGAUCAUGAUGAGAACAUAUAUUCUGAUUAUGCCGAAUUAAAUUUAAUUUCCUCUAAGUAUAAAGUUCCGCCCUUUGUUUUGCAGGCACAUGAAGUUGAACUGAAACCCCUUAAGUACUUGCUUAGCAAAAAAGAGGCGAAACCACGACUAAUCCGUUGGAUCUUACUCCUCCAAAAAUUUGAUUUGGAAGUCAAGGAUAAGAAAAUAUGUGAGAAUUUGGUGGUCGAUCACUUAAGCUGGCUUUCACUCAGUAUAGUUGAUCCUCCCGUUCGUGAGGAAUUCCCGGAAGAAAGCUUGAUGAUGGCGCAAAAGUCAAUGUCUUGGUUCACAGAUAUAGUUAAUUACUUAGCCACAGGUAAACUUCGAUCGAAAUGGAGUGGACCUUAUACGGUAACUGAAAUUUUUUCGCAUGACGCAAUCAAACUUGAAGAUGAUUCGGAUGCUUUGGAUAAGCGAUGCUUGGAUUGGAUGGGCUUACAUGUUGGAACCCCAAGCGCGCCAUACUUUAUUCCACCUGAUGUCCUCACUCCACGCAGCGAGUAA